GAAGGUAAAUCCUACACUUACCCAUUGUUCUGGUGUCAAAAAGGCUUGUCCACUGACAGAGAAACUGACACAUUUUCACUUUGCCACUGGUUAUCCUCCAGAUAUAGCUCAUGACUUAUUUGAAGGUAUCAUUCCAGUAGAGCUAGUACUGUGCCUCUCUGUUCUUAUCAAGAAAAAAUACAUCACAUUAAGUGAACUGAAUGACUCAAUUAAAAACUUCCCCUACAAAUGGACUGACAAAACUAACAGCCCCCAAUCGAUACCCCAAAAUUUUGCUACUCGCCAUAGCGUAGGGGGAAAUGCACAUGAGAACUGGGCACUAAUCAGACUUCUGCCACUCUUUAUUGGGUCAAAGAUACCUUUGGAUGAACCAGCAUGGCACAUUCUCAUGAUUUUAAAAGACAUCAUUGAACUUGUCGUGUCACCUGUCCACACAGCAGAAAGUAUUGCUUUCCUUGACUCAAAGAUAUCUGAACAUCGCCAUCUAUUUUUAAGUGUGUUUCCAAAUGAACGACUGCUUCCAAAACACCACUUCUUGGAGCACUAUCCUCAAAUGAUUGAAGCCUUUGGACCACUUGUUGGACUUUGGACAAUGCGAUUUGAAGCAAAACACAGUUUCUUUAAACGUGUAGUGAGGGAUACUACCAACUUCAGAAAUGUUUUGCUGUCACUCGCUACAAGGCACCAAAUGAUGAUGGCUUACCACUCCUAUGCAAGCACUGUGACACCUUCAGUGUGUGUCAGUAAGGUGCACAAAAUGCCUGUGGAAUUGGUACAUGCAGAGGUACAGGAGGCCAUAAGAAAAUUAUCACCAAACCAAACAAGUGUGCAGUUGGCCAAUGCUGUAUCUUACUGUGGAACAACAUACAAAGUGGGCAUGAUAUUGCCUUAUGGUUGUACUGGAGGUCUCCCUGACUUUGUUGAGAUUCUUCAGAUAGUUGUUUUGGACAAAGGUCUCAGUUUCAUUGUCAAGACUCUUAUUGCUUAUUACAAUGAGCAUCUAAGAUCAUAUCACCUUGAGUCAUCUGGGCAUUUUCUUCUUGUUGAGCAUAGAGCACUUGGUGAUUCUUAUCCUUUGGCAGCUUAUUGUGUUGGUAAAAAUCGUUUGGUUACUCUGAAGCGUUACAUAGGUUGUACAUUUUAGAUUGUUAUAUGAUCUCACAAACUAUUCAGGUUUAGGUCUGUGUUAUUUCUUGCUUUGUGCUAAUUUUAUAAAUGACUAUCACUUCUUUUAUUGUCUUAGGUCUAAGAUACAACAUGGACCCUGCUAAAAGUUCUUAUUAAGGAGCAAAUCAGGAAGCUAGUCCUUCCCUUAGGAAUCCCAAAUACUGUAGAUGAAUUGAAAUUAGCUGUAAAGGAAGCAUUUGUUAUAACCGAGGAGUUUAGCCUACAGUACAUGGACUCUGAUUUUCAUGACUUUUUCACACUUACUUCUACUGACCAGAUUCAACACAAGGAUACAAUCAAAGUUGUUUUCCCUUCGCCUGUGGUGCUGACAUUCUGUACUCAACAUAAUCCCAUCCCUAGCACCAGUACAUUACAGUUUGAAGAGGAAUCAUCUGCCGUUGCAUUUAUACAUAGUUCGUCAGGUUACAGUGGGGCAGAUGUAUCUACAUUCCAGUCAGAUGAUGCACUUUCCUCUUCUUCUCAAGAUACACUCAUCCUUUCUCCACAGAGUAGCCCAGACAGGCUACCAUGGCCCCAAGAAUUUCCAAUCCCAUAUUUCUCUCCAGAAGUACAGAUCGUGCUUGAAAAGGCAAUGGAGGCCUACAUGAGAGAUGGCACUCUUAUGAGUGUCCAAAAUGUAAAUAGAAAUAUAACUGAAAGGCUGACUCAGGCUAUUCAUGCUUAUACAGCAUAUCCUUCAGGUAUGCAGAUUAUCUGUGUGGCAGAAGCACUUGUUCGGCAAUAUCCAUGUCUAAAAGAACCUGGUUCCUUAAGUGGGUAUUUUGGUUGGCAGAUGAGUCUUAAGUACAAAAUGGCUGAUUACAGAAGGCGACUCAGCAAGUUUGGUUGUCCUGAAGUUACAUGUAACACGCUGAAAAAUAAGAGUCCUGAGAACAGGAAACCCGCAAAGGAUGUCAAAAAGCCAAGGAAAGCAGAAGUGAAUUACCUGCCACCAUACCCAACAGGUCAGAGUGAAGAGAGUUUGGAGCAAGAAGGGUUGGAAUUGCUUAGUGAAGUAAAAAAGAAGGACAAUACCAAGUGAUCAAAGCAAAAAUGGCAAAAACUUUCGCGCUCAGAAGACAUGAAGUUGUCAACCUGUCCCCCAGAGUUGUGGAUUUUAAAGACAGAUGGCCUGCACUGUUUAACCCCCAGCAGAUAAAUGAAGAAUUCAGGAGAAUUACCACUUUGGAUUUAGAGCCAAAAUUUAUGCAGAUGUUGGACCAGUAUACCCCAAAGCUGUUGAGCAUAUUUUGUGCCAAAGGAGGAGCAAUUAGGCAAACUUUGCAGGACAAAAUGGUUGCCAUUCAUCAGAACCCUGGUGGUGUUAUUAUUGACCAGACAAGAGAAGUUGUCAUUCGUUGCUUGGUUCAUUACUUGGGUGAAAAGGAUGAUGAUCUCAUCCAGGAAUACCAUUGUGCCGAAACAGAUUUUCAGCAAGAUCUCAUGCACCACACAAUGAAAAUUUCUGUCUUUAAGAGGGGUGAGCAGGAUGACAUCAGCAUUGUCUUGGAGGGUGCCCAAGUAGUGAGUGGUUUAGGAAAUGUGGCUAAAGCUUGUGCAGUUCUUCUUGGCCUCACCUAUGCUCUAAAUCUGAGCUACCCUAAACAGCUCAGGUAUACAUCUGAAGCAUUUCAAAAGCUGAUCUUAGAGUUGGACACUUGUAAGUUUUCACCCAAAAUGCAGUCUCUUAAGAAUAAGCUUGCUUAAUGUAGUCAUGCAAUACAAUUUACUUGGCUGAACACAGUGUUAAAACAAGCAUUGACACACAAGUUACAUUCUUUAAAAUGUUUUAAGAU